ACGAAAUAAACCUUAGCAAUUAAGACCAAGAAUAGUGGCGAGAGACAAGAGGGAAACUGGACCAUGUUCGUAAGCAAUCACCACCUCCGCCCCCCAAAUACCAAAGGAAAUACCAGCGGCGAGGGAGUCAGCUUAGAGUGAAUGGAGCAUGAGCGGCCGGUGACAAGCGAAGGCAAGGAACAAGAUGGACCCGCAGAUACCAGCAUGCGUCAAAGCCACCAGAUCUCCGCUUGAAGCGAGAGAGGCGCAAGAAGAACCGCCGGGGCUUGAACCAAGAGGCACCGGAUCUGGGAAAAGAACCGAGGAUUCAUGCUGGGGGUUGCAGCCAGGAAGACAAAGGGGAUCGACGACGGGGGCGGAACAGCCAGCCGAUUUGUUCAUCAACAAACAGAUGAAGAGGGCAAGAGGAAGGACAAAAUUAGGAAAGAAGCAAGCAGAAGCCGUCCGUGAGACUGGGAUUGAAUUAGUAACUAGUAUAGGGUUCCAAGGGCUGUUGUUCUUCCCAAACAUCAGAAAUCUGAACCGAAAAUUCAUUCUUUGGUUGAUGGUUAGAGUGGAUCCACUGACGUCAUCAUUGGAGAUUGAUGAUAAAAGAAGAAUUGAGUUUGAUAAGCACGAUGUAGGGCAUGUGUUUGGAAUACCUACAAGUGGUAUAUCUGUAGGAGAAAUGGGCAAACCAAGAGUUGAAGUGAUAGCAAGCAUAAAAAGAAAAUUCCUGGGCAUAGAAGCAAAGGACAACAGAAGCAUAAAGGCAGCAAAGGACAUAAUCGAGAAGGAAUUCAAGAGGGACACAACACCUGAGGAAGAGAAUGCAUUCAAAAUCGCAUUUGUUGUGUACGUUAUGGCAACACUAUUGUGCCUAGGAGCCAAGUAUGAUUAUGCAUCAGUGGAGUACUGGAAUGCAAUACAAGAUCCAGACAAGCUGGUCUCGGCGGGCCGUAGGACGCCCGAGCUCGCACUUGAGGUGGCCAAGGAGCUAGUUCAAUCCAUCGUCGAACACACAAGCAGCAGCUCUGAUGGCGAGAGCUCCAAGGCCAUGGACGAUGCAGGCUACAAGGCUACUGUGCAAUGCUCAUUCGACCUCAACGUGGCUAUAAAAAAAGAGGUAGAUGACUCGGCGGAAUCUGGGUUGCUGGAAUCCGUGCUGAAGGUGUCGCUAGAGGGGAAUGCCCAGAUGCCACACGCCCCAACUGUUGAACCACAUCAGGGAGAAGCAUCAGCACCUCACUCUGCAACAGCGCCGCUACAAGCUCUCCUCGGCUUGCCCAGCUUUGUCGUGGUCUUCACCGGCAUGUUUGUCCACAGCAUUAAACUUCCUGCAGCAUUCAGUGCGACCAACUUUUCAGAGAUACACCCAGCCGUAGUACUGCGUGGAGACAGUGUGGUCGAGACCCUGGUCAGAGUUGAGUCUAUAGAGGGUAGCAUCCAUUUCAUGAACGGUGUGGCAGAACCACCCAAAGUAACUGGGCCCGGGUGCUCUGAUUUUUGUUGCUAGGCAACGCCGACCCAAAAAUGGCACUCACUGGUAGUUCCUCGAGUGAAGCCUCGAUUAAAGCCACGCUUUCCAGGAUCGCACAGACAACACUCACACGAAGGUAAGCCCAGAGAUUACAACACAGAUCAUUUCAUACAUCUCAAAGUUGCAGCGGAAAUUUAAUUAUUACAAAACGGUUCUGAAAAUAAGAUAAGUACUACAGAGGUCUUAUCUACAACAGUUCAUCAGAGUAUCAUUAUUUCCAGUGGAAGGAUGAAAAUAGCUAAUGUCAUAAUGAUGUCACGAUGAAGCCCGUACGAGACAUCAAUCAGUACAGUUAGUGUUGGCCGGGGAAACAACCCAUUCCACCGACCAACCCGAAGAUAAAGCAGUUAAACCAGCAAACAUAACUUCUACAGCAAUACCUGAAAAUAAAGUCACAAGUAAGGCUGAGUAUACUAAAAUUCAGCAAGGCUUACCCGUCUUCGGAUAUACCUUAGUCCGAUAACUAGACAUGCAAGGCUUUUUGGUUUGUGGGGUUUGUUUUGCCAAAAACGCCACUAAAAGUAGAUCCUUAUUUUCAGAUUUCAACUUUGCCAUAUUCUAGUUGAAAUAACCAUUCUAAAUUUGCAAAUAUCUCUAAACAAGCAUGGUAGUGAAAAACAUUAAGUAUACAACAGUAUUAUCAUCAUCAUCAUAUUUCACUUCUUACUCUAUGUGGCAAAAGUAUUAAGUAGUCUCGUUGUCCGUGAGCGGCGGAACGAUUCGAAUCGAGUAUUAACCUUGCCAGGGAAACCUAACACACACGUAUGAGAACCAAGUCACCCACACAACUUUUUCCUUUUCUUUUCGGUCUGUGGAUCAGGGCCACCCGCCCAGAGUACAAGAGGUCCACGCACCACGGACACAGCCGGGCUGCUUCUGCUCUUGUACUCGCCGUUAGACGGGACCGAAGUUACACGGGCGGGAGAAGUCCACUCGCCGGUCAAAUCAGGUACCGAGCUUACCGAUACCAUAUUCUCGGCAUUUGGUGUGGCUCAUACGUUCAAACGCUUAACAAAACUACCACACACUGCGACCUUAGCCAAUUUCAACUAUACCGACGGGGUAUCACAACUACACAACCCCGCCCGUUGUCCUUAUAUUCCGGCAGUAAGUAAAGUCAGUCAACUCCUAUAAUCUCGCGAAUAAUCUCGCGAAAGGCAGGAAACCCUUCGACUUCGACUUCUACCAUACCUAGUUAGCGGGGCAACUAGUCGAGAAAAAGAUUCGAAUAACAAACAUAGGUACCUAGGGGACAUGCAUCUAUGGUUUUGAGCAACGCCUAAGAACGUAAAUGCGCAAAUAAAAUUAUUACAACAUAUAAUGAAUAGUUAGAUGUAAAUAACGCAAAAAUAAUGGGAUCAUGCACCGGGGCUUGCCUUCUUGAGCAAAGUUAGUCUUGGGCUCUUCCGAACAUUGGUCCGGGUUUUGAUUCAAUUCAAUUAAAUUCAAGUCAGCUAGAUUCAGUCGAGACUCCGCGGGCUCAUUCUCGUUCGUAGGCACCAACUCAUAAAUAUUGUCGGAUAGAUGAUCAGAAUCUAUAUAAAUGCAAAAGUGCUCUUUGUUACAAUAGGAUACAAUUUACGUUCAUUUCCUUCUCGAUAAAGUUGCAGUCCAAUAAAAGUGUUAAUUUUACUGGGCAGUCAUUCAUAGAGUAGUUUAUAUCUUCACUUUACUUCAUAAAAUGAACUAGGUUGCGGUUUUUACUUGCUACUCAUUAUGCAUAAGGAUAUUUGACAAUUUUAUUCCAUAAGCAAAGGACAGUUUCUGGUGCUACAAAUUUUACACAAGGUAGUAGUUCUAAGCAUGAACCAGCAGUAAAAAUUUCAGCUACAAAUAGCAAAGCAUUUAGGCAUGAGCAAUCAUUUAAACAGAGCAAGUGCAUAUCAAGAUAAAUUCAUACAGAAUGAUCUAAAGCAUUUCUUGGGUUCAAAUUUUUACAGGAGACUAUAUGCAUGUUAUACUCUCUACUGUAAUUUUUCCAGAUUUUAAUCAUGCAGAUAUCAGGAGCAAUAAUUAUGACAAGAUAAACAUAUGUAGAGCAAGAUUAAUUUCUACAGGAAAAUACAAAAUGUUUCUGUGUCUCAAAAUUUUAAAGAGGAUUCAAGACAAUAUAAUUAACACACUGUAAACUUUUCAGUAUUUUACUAAGCAUGAAUCAGGAGAAAUAAUUUUGACAAAUUUAAAUCACCUAUAACAAGAUUAAAAUCUACAGAGAGUUCUGGAGUGUUUCUGGGUCUCAAAUUUUUACCAGCGUCUACUAUUAACAUGAGUAAGCUACAGCAAACAUUUCAGCGUUUAAAACCAUCUACAACUUCAGUAAUACAUGUACUCAUUUAAAAACAUGCAUAAAUAUUACAGGUAGUUUCUGUUAAGUAAAUAUGCUCAAACUUUUGGUACAGCAUCCACAUAUCUAUAAUGUCAUUCUGCGCAAAUUUCAUAUAUAAUCAUGCAGUAUAAAAACCAGAGCAAAAAUAACAAACUAAUCAAGGUGAUAUCAUGAGCAAACAAUAUCACUGGUUCUACAAAGUUUUUAGCUCUCAAAGUUUGCAGGUAGGCUUAUCUUCUCAAGACUAAGCAAUGGUAAAAUUUUCAGAUUUUUCCAGAUGCAACAACUAUUUAUCACAAUAUAGCGUCAUUUAAAAGGAUUUAAUCACAGAGCUAGUUAAACAGAUCUAAAAAAUGUUCAAAUCUGGAUAGAUGUCUUCACAUAGUAUUCUAAGCACACAAAAACAGUUUCAUGUACAUUACUCAAGUGAAACUGCCAGGAAUAAUAUUUGAAGUUCACUAGUAGAUCUAGAAAAGAGCAAAGUUUCAUCUAGUUACAUGUGUUAUAUGGAGCUCACAAUUUUACACCAAGCUAGACAUAGCACAAAGUAUUUACCAGCCAAAAAUCAUCAGCAGAUACUGAGUAGAACUUCUUGAACAUUUAUGUGCUAUUUAAACUAACUUUAUUUAUGGAUUAAAAUAGAAUCAGAAUCUGAACAUGUGACUGUAACAAAACUUGUAGUUAUUAUUAUAAGGAUUCCAGAACAUUUUAGUUUAAAUUUUUAUGAGUUUUCUACGAUUUUAUAUCGAAUUUACAAAUUCGCUGUUUUGAAUCUAGAGUUCAGAUUCAGGUUUUACAGACAAGUCCCUGGGAAGUUUUAUUUCCCCGCAAAUAUACCCUUGGCCGGACUUUGGGGAAACAGAGGAGGAGGAGGCGGCCGGAUUCCGACGAGCUUGCUAGCCGGCGGCGAGGGCACUCCUGGGGAAAGGAAUAGGAGGUCACGGGCUACCUGUAGGUGGUUUUAGGGCGCGAUUAGGUGCUCCGGAAGGGGCUCGCCGGCGUGGAGCAGAUCUCCGGCGAGGGGGAGCUCGGCUCUGGCGAUGUUCCGGCAACCGUGAGCAUUGGGGAAGAGGUAGACGAGCUUCACUGCGCCAUGGGGGAGCGAUUUUGGGGGUCAGCUCAAGAGGAGGUGGGUCGGGAGAGGGGGCUCCACGGCGAGGUCCUAGAGGGCGGCGGCCAUGGCCAUGGCGUGUGGUGUUCUGGCGAUUCCGGUGAGGGGAAGAGCUGAUGGUCGGGCUGUGCAGCUUCAAUGCGUUGAGGGGAAGCUAGCUGUGUGGUUGAAUGGGCCGGAGAGGGUUGGGUGGGGGGUGCUUCACGGAGCAGGGGUGACGGCUGGCAAUGGUGGCCGCCGUGCUGGCUCUGGGCGCAGGGAGGAAGAUGGGCCUCGGUUCAGAGGUCCGGAGGGGAGAGCGAGAGGCGAGGGUGCUUCUCGUCGAAGGAAUGAGGGGGUGGUGGCUGGGCAGAGGAGGGGCACGGGCGUGGCAAUGGACGACGACCGGCCGGGGCGCCGUGGCGAGCGGACAACAGGCAGGGGCGCGAGGUGCCAGGGAGGGGCAGUCUCAUGCAAACCAUGGGCGCGGCAGUGGUUUUGGCUGGGGCACAGCCAAGUGGCCGGCCAGCUGGCGGCGCCGGCGUACGGCCCGGCCGGUAGGCACGGUGCAGGGAAGGAGAGUAGGGAGAGAGGGUCAAUGGCAUUUUCGUGAAUAACUCAAAGUUUGAGAUUUCGUUAUGUAAAUUCAAUUUUUCUCCCUCUUCUUGGCCUCAAAUGAAAAACUUUUGAAUACCAUUUUUGUUCAGUUUUUCGAGAUCUACAUCUUUCGUUUCAAGCACUUUUUCAUUUGAGCAACAGUUUGAGAAUUAUGAAUUUUACUUAUAGAUGAACACAUACAUAUGCAUAUACAUGUAUACAUAUAUGCGAAGGCUUGUAUAAAUGAAUUUGGAUGAAUUGUGUUACAUUUUGCUCGAUGUUUUGUUCAUGAUUUCAUGUUGUCGAUCUAAGUUUAGAAGGUUAAACUCCUGGGAUUUCACAGACGGGUGGUCUGAUUUUGUAGCAUCUGAGCGCAUUGUCACUGGUGACAUAGGUCACUUUGUUCUAGUUGAGCCUCAUAGACUUGUGAUGAAGCUAUAUGGACCAGAUGGAGAGUUAAAGCCCUUGGCUUCUCGCCCACUGGUCUGGAACUUGUUCCUUGCUUACGGCAAUGAGGAGGAGGCACAACAGCCUGUAGGUGGUCAUGGUGGAGCUCCUGAAAUAGUAGGCGAACCGGCAAAUGCCGCUCAAGACCACUUUGUGCCUGGCCACAUCCUUGGAAUGAGAUAUAUUCUUGCACAGCGGCUGGAGAUGAGUGCGCCUCUGAUGCAAACCCUGCACGACGUCUGGGUUACCAAGGCACCUGCAUUUCCCAUGUAUGCAUGCUGACUUAUUUGGGGCCACUUCCGCUCCGGCAACAUUCAUUUCUCGGUGCCAUUCUCGCGCUACCUGCCAGAAAUUGGACGUGCUGUCCUCUUCUAUGGUGCUGCAAAUGCAGGUGUGAAAGCAAUCGUGAAGAAAAGGAAGGAUAGAGUGGCGUUCUUGACCUGUGGAUGGCUGGAGUUUGCUGGGAAAUAUGCACUCCAAGAGGGUGUGCGUGUAUGUGCUGACGCUGCGCAUUGUCCAUGGGCGCUUCCUGCUGACGUUCGACUGGGCCCCCCCACGCUUGAUACUCGAGCUGAAACCUGAAGCACCUUUUGCAACCAAAGCUAUCACAGGAAUAAAAUAACAUGCAGCAUUGCGCAGCAGUGAACCCCUAGAUAUGCUAAUGCCUAAAUAUUAAUCUUUAGUAUUGAUCGGUGACUAGCUUAGUCCUUUGACCUCCUAAUGAGGAUCGUAGCAUUAUUAAAAUAUCCUUGAUGAAUUCACCAUCAUAAAAGAAAGGUGAAACCUCAUCUUGGAAAGUCAUCAGUGCUAGUUUAUUGUGUCGCUUCAUUACUACCUGCAGAAACUAAUUUGGCAUCAGUGGCUGUAAUGAACUAUAUCGCUGUCUUAUAUAUUUAACUAUUCCUUAGCAAGAAAAGAAACUUCUAUUACUACCUGCUGAAA